UUGCGAGGAAAGUGGGUACGGACUCCUGUGUAAGUUUCAAGAACGAGUCGAGCCACUCAGAUCUAACUGGAAGAACCAAACCCCCCAACUCGAAACAAAAAAGACACACCGACUCAGUUCACAUUUCACAAACCACUCUCUUCUGCUUGCGGCUGCUCCAACUGCUUCUGCUGUUCUCCAACUCUCUGCUCUCUCUCUCUCUCCUCUCUCUCAGCUGCUACCCUUUGUUUGGAUUAAUGGGUUCUGGAGGUUGUACCAAUGGACUGGAGGAAUGCAAACUGCAACCUCCAAAAACUUUGGAAAAAUCGGAUAAAGCUAGUGUUUUGGGGCUUCAUAAGGACGCUGCAGAGCCACCGGUUGAAUUGGUUGCUAAUGGGGUGGCUUCUCUAGAGCCUGUUACUCCUAAUGCAGUCCGAGAGAACGGGGACUUACCUGUUGGUUUGAAAUCUCCGCCCUCUGUUUGCAAGAAAUCAUCCAAUGUAACUUGCUUGAAUCCGAAUGCUAUCCGAAAUGGGGACGACCCAUUUGGUUGUUCUGAUGAUAGCAGCCCCAGGACACCGGUGGAUGAUGUCUUCGAUCCUUUUGCCCCUGGUCGGGAAGACCUGGCUAAGGCGCCACAGUGCAAAAAAUAUGUCAGCAAGUGCAGGGGCAUGGUUGCUCGUCAGCUUAACUUUGAUUCUCCCGUCCAAAUUUCAGAAGACGAGGUUUUGACUUAUGUGGAAUCCAUUUCGGAUGAAGAAAUGUUUGAAGCUGUGUAUAAAAACCUAUUGGAAGCUAUCGUGUCAGAGCAAACUGAGGGAGCUAUUGCUGAACGCUCGAGGAAAGAUUGCGUUUCUGAUGACUGCGUAACACCUCGUCCAGAACCGCGUCAAACUGGAGCAGCUGAAACUUGUCCUGGGGCACCCCUGAGGCCAUCAGGGAAGUCUAGGAACAUCGAUAUGCGGUUAAUCAGAAAGCUCGAGUUCUAACUCCAAUUGACUCAUGCAGGUUACGUGGCGGUGAAUUUGCAAGAAUUCUGGUACUUCUUUCCAAAUUCCAACAGCUUACCUAGAUUAUACACAGUAGUGCUAGCAUUGUAUAGUAGUUGUUGACAUUAUUUAUGCGUUUAGACACAGUGAAAGACGUCGUUUUGAUAUUAAGUUAGCAUCGACUAGUGCUCUUUUGGUUUAAGUCAGAAUUUUAGACACUGGGAAGAAAUGAAACAGAAAAUUCUUCCAACCUCAUUGAUCAUGUACUGAACUUAUUCAUGUUCAAUGGUUUUCUUAUCAAAUUCCAUAUGCUUGAAAUCUCUGCGCUUUA